AGCCGCCGUCUCUCGCGGAACUUCCCGGCGGGGCUGCGCUCCGAGCGCUCUCCACUUCGCUGCGCGCGGCUCGUCGGUCCCGGCGCCUCCCAAACUGAAUGAGCGAGCGGCGCUCGGGGCGCGCGGCGGCGGCAUGGAGCGCGGUUGCUGGGCCCCGCGGACUGUCCUCCUGGCGCUGGUGCUUGGGGCGACGCUGAGGGCGCGCGCGGCGGCGGGCUACUACCCCCGCUUCUCGCCCUUCUUUUUCCUGUGCACCCACCACGGGGAGCUGGAAGGGGAUGGGGAGCAGGGCGAGGUGCUCAUUUCCCUGCACAUUGCGGGCAGCCCCACCUACUACGUACCGGGACAAGAAUACCAUGUGACAAUUUCAACGAGCACCUUCUUUGAUGGCUUGCUGGUGACAGGACUAUAUACAUCUACAAGUGUUCAGGCUUCUCAGAGCAUUGGAGGUUCCAAUGCUUUUGGAUUUGGGAUCAUGUCCGACCACCAGUUUGGUGACCAGUUUAUGUGCAGCGUGGUGGCUUCUCAUGUGAGUCACCUGCCUACGACCAACCUCAGCUUCGUCUGGAUUGCUCCGCCUGCUGGCACGGGAUGCAUAAACUUCAUGGCUACAGCAACACACAGGGGCCAGAUUAUUUUCAAAGAUGCUUUAGCCCAGCAGUUGUGUGAACAAGGAGCUCCAACAGAGGCCACUGUGCACCCGCAUCUAGCUGAAAUACACAGUGACAGUAUCAUCCUGCGAGAUGACUUUGACUCCUACCACCAGAUGGAAUUGAAUCCAAAUAUAUGGGUUAAAUGUAACAACUGUGAGACUGGAGAACAGUGCGGUGCAAUCAUGCAUGGCAAUGCUGUCACCUUCUGUGAGCCAUAUGGCCCAAGAGAACUGGUUACCACAGGCCUUAAUACAACAACAGCCUCUGUCCUCCAAUUUUCCAUUGGUUCAGGUUCAUGUCGCUUUAGUUAUUCAGACCCCAGCAUCAUCGUGUCAUAUGCCAAAAAUAAUACUGCAGACUGGAUUCAGCUUGAGAAAAUUAGAGCCCCUUCCAAUGUCAGCACAAUCAUCCAUAUCCUCUACCUUCCUGAAGAUGCCAAAGCAGAGAAUGUCCAGUUUCAGUGGAAGCAGGAAAAUCUCCAUGUAGACGAAGUAUAUGAAGCCUGCUGGGCCUUAGAUAACAUCCUGGUCAUCAACUCCGCCCACAGACAAAUCGUUUUAGAAGACAGCCUCGAUCCAGUCGACACAGGCAACUGGCUUUUCUUCCCAGGAGCUACAGUUAAGCAUAGCUGUCAGUCAGAUGGAAACUCCAUUUAUUUCCAUGGAAAUGAAGGCAGUGAGUUCAAUUUUGCCACCACCCGGGAUGUAGAUCUUUCUACAGAGGAUAUUCAAGAGCAAUGGUCAGAAGAAUUUGAAAGCCAGCCUACAGGGUGGGACAUCUUGGGAGCUGUCAUUGGUACAGAAUGUGGAACAAUAGAAUCAGGCUUAUCCAUGGUCUUCCUCAAAGAUGGAGAGAGGAAAUUAUGCACUCCGUACAUGGACACUACUGGUUAUGGGAACCUGAGGUUUUACUUCGUUAUGGGAGGAAUUUGUGAUCCCGGAGAUUCUCAUGAAAAUGAUCUCACCCUGUAUGCAAAGAUUGAAGGAAGAAAAGAACACAUUAUAUUGGAUACCCUUUCCUAUUCCUCAUAUAAGGUUCCAUCUUUAGUUUCUGUAGUCAUCAAUCCUGAACUUCAGACUCCUGCAACCAAAUUUUGUCUCAGGCAAAAGAACCAUCAAGGACAUAAUAGGAAUGUCUGGGCUGUAGAUUUUUUCCACGUCUUACCUGUUCUCCCUUCCACAAUGUCUCACAUGAUACAGUUCUCCAUUAAUCUGGGAUGUGGAACGCAUCAACCUGGUAACAGUGUCAGCUUAGAGUUUUCCACCAACCACGGGCGUUCCUGGUCCCUCCUCCACACUGAAUGUUUACCGGAGAUCUGUGCUGGACCCCACCUGCCCCAUAGCACUAUCUACUCCUCUGAAAACUACAGCGGGUGGAACCGAAUAACAAUUCCCCUUCCUAACGCAGCACUAACCCAGGACACCAGAAUUCGCUGGAGACAAACGGGACCAAUCCUUGGAAACAUGUGGGCAAUUGAUAAUGUUUAUAUUGGUCCAUCAUGUCUCAAGUUCUGCUCUGGCAGAGGACAAUGCACUCGACAUGGUUGCAAAUGUGACCCUGGAUUUUCUGGCCCAGCUUGUGAGAUGGCAUCCCAAACAUUUCCCAUGUUUAUUUCUGAAAGCUUCGGUAGUUCCAGGCUCUCCUCUUACCAUAACUUUUACUCUGUCCGUGGUGCUGAAGUCAGCUUUGGCUGUGGGGUCUUGGCCAGCGGUAAGGCCCUGGUUUUCAACAAAGAUGGGAGGCGCCAGCUAAUUACAUCUUUCCUUGACAGCUCACAAUCCAGGUUUCUCCAGUUCACACUGAGGCUGGGGAGCAAGUCUGUUCUGAGCACAUGCAGAGCCCCUGACCAGCCUGGUGAAGGAGUUUUAUUGCAUUAUUCUUAUGAUAAUGGGAUAACUUGGAAACUCUUGGAGCACUAUUCAUAUCUCAACUAUCAUGAGCCCAGAAUUAUCUCCGUAGAAUUACCGGAUGAUGCAAGACAGUUUGGAAUUCAGUUCAGAUGGUGGCAACCAUAUCAUUCUUCCCAGGGAGAAGAUGUAUGGGCUAUUGAUGAGAUCAUCAUGACGUCUGUCCUUUUCAACAGCAUUAGUCUCGACUUUACCAAUCUUGUAGAGGUCACUCAGUCUUUGGGAUUCUACCUUGGAAAUGUUCAGCCAUACUGUGGCCAUGACUGGACACUCUGUUUUACAGGAGAUUCUAAACUUGCCUCAAGUAUGCGCUAUGUGGAAACACAGUCAAUGCAGAUAGGAGCAUCCUAUAUGAUUCAGUUCAGUCUGGUGAUGGGCUGUGGCCAGAAAUACACUCCACACAUGGACAACCAGGUGAAACUGGAGUAUUCGACCAACCACGGCCUUACCUGGCACCUUGUCCAAGAGGAAUGCCUUCCAAGUAUGCCAAGUUGUCAGGAAUUCACAUCAGCCAGCAUGUACCACGCCAGUGAGUUCACCCAGUGGAGAAGAGUCAUAGUGCUUCUACCCCAGAAAACUUGGUCCAGUGCCACCCGCUUCCGUUGGAGUCAGAGCUAUUACACAACCCAAGAUGAGUGGGCUUUAGACAACAUUUACAUUGGGCAGCAGUGCUCAAACAUGUGCAAUGGGCAUGGCUCCUGCGACCACGGUGUGUGCAGGUGUGACCAGGGAUACCACGGCCCUGAAUGCCACCCAGAAGCUGCUCUUCCUUCCACGAUUAUGUCAGAUUUUGAGAAUCAGAAUGGUUGGGAGUCUGACUGGCAAGAAGUUAUUGGGGGAGAAAUUGUAAAACCAGAACAAGGGUGUGGGGUCGUCUCUUCUGGAUCAUCUCUGUAUUUCAGCAAGGCUGGGAAAAGACUGUUGAUGAGCUGGGACCUGGAUACUUCCUGGGUGGACUUUGUCCAGUUCUACAUCCAGAUUGGUGGAGAGAGCUCUGCAUGCAACAAGCCUGACAGCAGAGAGGAGGGCGUCCUCCUUCAGCACAGCAACAACGGGGGCAUCCAGUGGCACCUGCUGGCAGAGAUGUACUUCUCAGACUUCAGCAAACCUAGAUUUGUCUAUCUGGAGCUUCCAGCUGCUGCCAAGACCCCUUGCACCAGGUUCCGCUGGUGGCAGCCUGUGUUCUCAGGGGAGGACUAUGAUCAGUGGGCAGUCGAUGACAUCAUCAUUCUGUCAGAGAAGCAGAAGCAGAUCAUCCCAGUUGUCAACCCAACUCUACCACAGAACUUUUAUGAGAAGCCAGCUUUUGAUUACCCGAUGAAUCAAAUGAGUGUGUGGUUGAUGUUGGCUAAUGAAGGAAUGGUUAAAAAUGAAACUUUCUGCUCCUCCACACCAUCUGCCAUGAUAUUUGGGAAAUCAGAUGGGGAUCGAUUUGCAGUAACCCGAGAUCUGACUCUGAAACCUGGAUAUGUGCUACAGUUCAAGCUAAACAUAGGGUGUGCCAAUCAGUUCAGCAGUGCUGCCCCAGUUCUCCUUCAAUACUCUCACGAUGCUGGUGUGUCCUGGUUUCUGGUGAAAGAAGGCUGUUACCCAGCGUCUGCAGGCAAAGGAUGUGAAGGAAACUCCAGAGAGCUGAGUGAGCCCACUAUGUAUCACACGGGGGACUUUGAAGAAUGGACAAGAAUCACCAUUGUUAUUCCAAGAUCUCUUGCAUCCAGUAAGACCAGAUUCCGAUGGAUCCAGGAGAGCAGCUCACAGAAAAAUGUGCCUGCCUUUGGUUUGGAUGGAGUGUACAUUUCGGAGCCUUGUUCCAGUUACUGCAGCGGCCACGGGGACUGUGUUUCAGGGGUGUGUUUCUGUGACCUGGGGUACACCGCUGCACAAGGAACCUGCGUGUCUAACAUCCCUAAUCACAGUGAGAUGUUUGAUAGGUUUGAGGGGAAGCUUAGCCCUCUGUGGUACAAGAUCACUGGAGGUCAGGUUGGAACAGGCUGUGGAACACUUAAUGAUGGUAAAUCUCUCUACUUCAAUGGCCCCGGGAAAAGGGAAGCAAGGACUGUCCCUCUGGACACCAGGUAUAUCAGACUAGUUCAGUUUUAUAUACAAAUUGGAAGCAAAACUUCAGGGAUUACCUGCAUCAAACCAAGAGCUAGAAAUGAAGGGCUUGUUGUUCAGUAUUCAAAUGACAAUGGAAUACUCUGGCAUUUGCUUCGAGAGUUGGACUUCAUGUCAUUCCUGGAACCACAGAUCAUUUCCAUUGACCUGCCACGGGAGGCCAAGACGCCUGCAACAGCUUUUCGAUGGUGGCAACCCCAACAUGGGAAGCAUUCAGCCCAGUGGGCCUUAGAUGAUGUCCUUAUAGGAAUGAAUGACAGCUCUCAAACUGGGUUUCAAGACAAAUUUGAUGGCUCUAUAGAUUUGCAAACCAACUGGUAUCGAAUCCAAGGAGGUCAAGUUGAUAUUGACUGUCUUUCCAUGGAUACGGCUCUGAUAUUCACUGAAAGCAUAGGGAAACCUCGUUAUGCUGAGACCUGGGACUUUCAUGUGUCAGCAUCAACCUUCUUGCAGUUCGAAAUGAGCAUGGGUUGUAGCAAGCCCUUCAGCAGCUCCCACAGCGUACAGCUCCAGUAUUCUCUAAACAAUGGCAGGGACUGGCAUCUUGUCACCGAAGAGUGUGUUCCUCCAACCAUUGGCUGUCUGCACUACACAGAAAGUUCAAUUUACACCUCAGAAAGAUUCCAGAAUUGGAAGCGGAUCACUGUCUACCUUCCACCCUCCACCAUAUCUCCCAGGACCCGGUUCAGAUGGAUACAGGCCAACUACACUGCAGGGGCUGGCUCCUGGGCAAUCGAUCAGGUUGUACUGGCCACAGGGUGCCCUUGGAUGUGCUCGGGACGAGGGAUUUGUGAUGCUGGGCACUGUGUGUGUGACCGGGGCUUUGGUGGAACUUGCUGUGUUCCUGUCACUCCUCUGCCCUCAAUUCUUAAAGAUGAUUUCAAUGGGAAUGUACAUCCUGACCUAUGGCCUGAAGUGUAUGGUGCAGACAGGGGCAAUCUGAAUGGAGAAACCAUCAAAUCUGGAACAUCUCUCAUUUUUAAAGGGGAAGGACUAAGGAUGCUUAUUUCAAGAGAUUUAGACUGUACCAAUACUAUGUAUGUACAGUUCUCACUUAGGUUUAUAGCAAAAGGUACUCCAGAAAGGUCUCACUCUAUCCUAUUACAAUUCUCCAUCAAUGGGGGAAUCACUUGGCACCUGAUGGAUGAAUUUUACUUCCCUCAAACAACCAACAUACUCUUCAUUAAUGUGCCCCUGCCAUACAUGGCCCAAACCAACGCUACAAGAUUCAGACUCUGGCAACCUUACAAUAAUGGUAAGAAAGAAGAAAUCUGGAUUGUUGAUGACUUCAUCAUUGAUGGAAAUAAUUUAAACAAUCCUGUGAUGCUUCUGGAUACCUUUGACUUUGGGCCCAGAGAAGACAACUGGUUUUUCUAUCCCGGUGGCAACAUUGGUCUUUAUUGCCCAUAUUCUUCAAAGGGAGCACCUGAGGAAGAUUCAGCAAUGGUGUUUGUCUCAAAUGAGGUUGGUGAGCAUUCCAUUACCACGCAUGACCUGAGUGUGAAUGAGAACACCAUCAUACAAUUUGAGAUCAAUGUUGGGUGCUCAACCGACAGUACAUCUGCUGACCCGGUUAGACUGGAGUUUUCAAGGGACUUCGGGGCCACGUGGCACCUGCUGCUCCCUCUCUGCUACCACAGCAGCAGCCACAUCAGCUCGUUGUGUUCCACCGAGCACCACCCGAGCAGCACCUACUUUGCAGGAACCACGCAGGGCUGGAGGCGGGAGGUGGUGCACUUCGGGAAGCUGCAUCUUUGUGGAUCUGUGCGUUUCAGAUGGUACCAAGGAUUUUACCCUGCUGGCUCUCAGCCAGUGACGUGGGCCAUUGAUAAUGUCUAUAUUGGUCCCCAAUGUGAAGAGAUGUGUAAUGGACAUGGCAGUUGUAUCAAUGGAACCAAGUGUAUAUGUGAUCCUGGCUACUCAGGUCCAACCUGCAAAAUCAGCACCAAAAAUCCUGAUUUUCUCAAAGAUGAUUUUGAAGGCCAGCUAGAAUCUGAUAGAUUUUUAUUAAUGAGUGGCGGAAAGCCAUCUCGGAAGUGUGGAAUCCUUUCCAGUGGAAACAACCUCUUUUUCAAUGAAGAAGGCUUGCGCAUGUUGAUGACACGAGAUCUGGAUUUAUCACAUGCUAGGUUUGUGCAGUUCUUCAUGAGACUGGGGUGUGGUAAAGGUGUUCCAGAUCCCAGAAGCCAACCUGUGCUUCUACAGUACUCUCUCAAUGGUGGCCUUUCAUGGAGCCUCCUUCAGGAGUUCCUUUUCAGCAACUCCAGCAAUGUGGGCAGGUACAUUGCCCUGGAGAUACCCCUGAAAGCCCGGUCGGCCUCCACUCGCCUCCGCUGGUGGCAGCCCUCUGAGAACGGACACUUCUACAGUCCCUGGGUCAUCGACCAGAUUCUUAUUGGAGGAAAUGUUUCUGGUAAUACAGUCUUGGAGGACGAUUUCACAACUCUGGACAGCAGGAAAUGGCUGCUUCACCCCGGAGGAACCAAGAUGCCUGUGUGCGGCUCUGCUGGUGACGCUCUGGUCUUCAUCGAAAAAGCUAGCACCCGGUAUGUGGUCACCACGGACAUUGCUGUGAAUGAGGACUCGUUUCUGCAGAUAGACUUUGCAGCCUCCUGCUCGGUCACAGACUCUUGUUAUGCCAUUGAAUUGGAGUACUCAGUAGAUCUUGGAUUAUCAUGGCACCCCUUGGUAAGGGACUGUCUGCCAACCCAUGUGGAAUGCAGUCGCUAUCACCUACAGCGGAUCCUCGUGUCAGACACUUUCAACAAGUGGAACAGAAUCACUCUGCCUCUCCCUCCUUACACCAGGUCCCAAGCCACUCGUUUCCGUUGGCAUCAGCCAGCUCCUUUUGACAAGCAGCAGACAUGGGCGAUAGAUAACGUCUAUAUCGGGGACGGCUGCAUUGACAUGUGCAGUGGACAUGGACGCUGCAUCCAGGGAAGCUGUGUCUGCGAUGAGCAGUGGGGUGGCCUGUACUGUGAUGAGCCAGAAGCCUCCCUUCCAAUCCAGCUCAAAGACAACUUCAACAGAGCUCCGUCCAACCAGAACUGGCUGACUGUGAAUGGAGGGAAAUUAAGCACUGUGUGUGGAGCUGUGGCUUCAGGAAUGGCUCUCCAUUUCAGCGGGGCUUGCAGUCGACUGUUGGUCACUGUGGAUCUAAACCUCACCAACGCCGAGUUUAUCCAAUUUUACUUCAUGUAUGGAUGCCUAAUUACACCAAACAACCGUAACCAAGGUGUUCUCUUGGAAUAUUCUGUCAAUGGAGGCAUUACCUGGAACCUGCUGAUGGAAAUUUUCUAUGACCAGUACAGUAAACCUGGAUUUGUGAAUAUCCUUCUCCCUCCCGAUGCUAAACAGAUCGCUACUCGCUUCCGCUGGUGGCAGCCCAGGCACGACGGCCUGGAUCAGAAUGACUGGGCCCUCGACAAUGUCCUCAUCUCAGGCUCCGCCGACCAGAGGACGGUCAUGCUGGACACCUUCAGCAGCGCCCCCGUGCCCCAGCACGAGCGCUCCCCCGCGGACGCCGGCCCUGUGGGGAGAAUUGCCUUUGACAUGUUUAUGGAGGACAAAACGACAGUGAAUGAGCAUUGGCUAUUCCAUGAUGAUUGCACAGUAGAAAGAUUCUGCGACUCCCCUGAUGGUGUCAUGAUUUGUGGCAGUCAUGACGGAAGAGAAGUGUAUGCAGUGACCCAUGACCUGACUCCCACUGAAGGCUGGAUCAUGCAAUUCAAGAUCUCUGUUGGAUGUAAAGUGUCUGAAAAAGUUGCCCAGAAUCAAAUUCAUGUGCAGUACUCUACUGACUUUGGUGUGAGCUGGAAUUAUCUGGUCCCUCAGUGCUUACCUGCAGACCCGAAAUGCUCUGGGAGUGUUUCUCAGCCAUCUGUGUUUUUCCCAACUAAAGGAUGGAAAAGGAUUACCUACCCACUCCCUGAAAGCUUAGUAGGAAAUCCAGUAAGGUUCAGGUUCUAUCAGAAGUAUUCAGAUGUGCAGUGGGCAAUUGAUAAUUUCUACCUGGGCCCUGGGUGCUUAGACAACUGCAGGGGCCAUGGAGAUUGCUUAAAGGAGCAGUGCAUCUGUGAUCCAGGACACUCUGGACCCAACUGCUACUUGACUCACAUGCUGAAGACUUUCCUGAAGGAACGUUUUGACAGUGAAGAAAUAAAGCCUGAGUUAUGGAUGUCCUUAGAAGGUGGAAGUACUUGUACUGAGUGUGGGAUUCUUGCUGAGGAAACUGCCCUCUAUUUUGGGGGCUCCACUGUGAGACAAGCUACUACUCAAGAUUUGGAUCUGCGAGGGGCAAAAUUCCUGCAAUACUGGGGGCGGAUCGGUAGUGAGAACAACAUGACCUCCUGCCAUCGGCCCGUCUGCCGGAAAGAAGGCGUGCUGUUGGACUACUCUACCGACGGAGGGAUUACCUGGACUUUGCUCCAUGAGAUGGAUUUCCAGAAAUACAUUUCUGUUAGACAUGACUACAUACUUCUUCCCGAGGAUGCGCUCACCAACACCACUCGGCUUCGCUGGUGGCAGCCUUUUGUGAUUAGCAAUGGACUUGUGGUAUCUGGGGUGGAGCGUGCUCAGUGGGCACUAGACAACAUUUUGAUUGGUGGAGCAGAAAUCAAUCCCAGUCAACUCAUGGACACUUUUGAUGACGAAGGUACUUCCCAUGAAGAAAACUGGAGUUUUUACCCUAAUGCAGUAAGGACAGCAGGAUUCUGUGGCAAUCCAUCCUUCCACCUCUACUGGCCAAAUAAAAAGAAGGACAAGACUCACAAUGCUCUCUCCUCCAGAGAACUCAUUAUACAGCCAGGAUAUAUGAUGCAGUUUAAAAUCGUGGUGGGUUGUGAAGCCACGUCUUGUGGUGACCUUCAUUCUGUGAUGUUGGAGUACACUAAGGAUGCAAGGUCUGAUUCAUGGCAGCUCGUUCAGACCCAAUGCCUUCCUUCCUCCUCGAACAGCAUCGGCUGCUCCCCCUUCCAGUUCCAUGAAGCCACCAUCUACAAUGCUGUCAACAGUUCAAGCUGGAAGCGAAUCACCAUUCAGCUGCCUGACCAUGUCUCCUCCAGUGCAACACAGUUCCGCUGGAUCCAGAAGGGUGAAGAAACGGAGAAGCAGAGCUGGGCGAUCGACCACGUGUACAUCGGCGAGGCAUGCCCCAAGCUGUGCAGCGGGCGUGGGUACUGCGCGCCCGGCGCCGUCUGCAUCUGCGAUGAAAGCUUCCAAGGUGACGAUUGCUCUGUUUUCAGUCAUGAUCUUCCUAGCUACAUUAAAGAUAAUUUUGAGUCAGCAAGAGUCACCGAGGCAAACUGGGAGACCAUCCAAGGCGGGGUGAUAGGCAGUGGCUGUGGGCAGCUUGCACCCUACGCCCAUGGAGACUCACUCUACUUUAAUGGCUGUCAGAUAAGGCAGGCUGCCACCAAACCGCUGGAUCUCACUCGAGCAAGCAAAAUCAUGUUCGUUUUACAAAUCGGGAGCACGGCACAGACAGACAGCUGCAACAGUGACCUGAGCGGCCCCCAUGCAGUGGACAAGGCUGUGCUGCUGCAAUACAGUGUCAACAACGGGGUCACCUGGCAUGUCAUCGCACAGCACCAGCCGAAGGACUUCACACAGGCUCAGAGAGUGUCAUACAACGUCCCCCUGGAGGCAAGGAUGAAAGGAGUUUUAUUACGCUGGUGGCAACCACGCCACAAUGGGACAGGUCAUGAUCAAUGGGCUUUGGACCAUGUCGAGGUCGUUCUCACUCGCAAACAAAAUUACAUGAUGAAUUUUUCACGACAACAUGGGCUCAGGCACUUCUACAACAGAAGACGAAGGUCACUUAGACGAUACCCGUGAAGAAUCAAAAAGUUGGUUUUUCCUUCCAAUAUGUGAUGUGUUGCUUUCCAUUAUUUUAAAUCUCACACUGCAUCUGGUAUCAGGAAAUUUCCGUGAAAGACUUGGUGAUUACCUGAACACCCUUCUCAAGACCAAGGGUACAUCACUUUCCCACACUGUGAACUAAUGACAAGUGACUUAUUUUCUCAUAAGUAAAUGUCUUCAUGUUGAUGUGUCUGUGCAAAUUGUGAUCUGUUGUACUAUCAGUUACAGUGGCAGUAUUGAAAAUAAAAAAUAGUUUAACAGAAAAAAGAAGUUGAAGCACAAAAAUGUAAGAGAUUUUAUGUUUAAAAUGGCAUUUAGUCCAGAGAUUAACAUUCCUGUUCACAAAACUAUUUUAGUGGACAGUAUUUCAGCUAUGUAUCAUGUUUUGUGUGAUUAAAUUAUCAUUGUUUGUCCUUUGAUGUAUUCUCUACAGAAUAACACAUUGAUUGACACUAUAUUUACUUGUUAUGUUGUAAUAUUUAUGCUGCUGAACUUGGGGCUGCUUCUAUUCUGCAGAAAAUUCAUUGAAACACCAACUCAAGAAGAUAGUUGUAAAGAUACUGUAUCUCUAAUAUACUCUUUAAAAUGUAUGUUGGUUUAGCAUUGUUUUGUGCAUAAGAAAAAUGCUUGACCUUGAAAUAUCUCCUACUUAAAAAUUGUGGAUGAAACCCCAUUUCCCACAAAGGAGUUCCCAUUUCCUCGUCUAAAGAUUCUGUUUAAGGUGUCCUGCGGCUGAUUUACUAACAGUAACUGCCAAUUUGUGUCCGUGGUAACAGAGUGAUUUGUAAAACAGUGGAUGUUUUCAUUGUGUUCUCCUUGUGAAUUAUUUUUCCUGUGGGUCACAUUCAUACCUUCUGAUCAAGUCGUACCAACACCAGCAACAUUAUAAUGGCCCUGUAGCCCUGAACUCUGUUCAUGUAACUAAAAGGUUGCCCUCUAGAGUGAACCAAGCUAAAAGCCCAUGCUUAAAUAAAAAUACUGUCCAAAAGCCA